AUGUUCGCAAAAUUACUAGUCUUCGUGCUCGCUGUGCACAUGGCGACGUGCGCAACAAUGAUAAAGCAAUCGGAUCAUAUGGCGACGUCGACGCCGACUUCAACGUCAACGACGAUACCGACGACGAUGACGAAGCCGACAGUACCAAGUUAUCCUUCUCAAGGAGUGAUCGAGAUUUUAAAUUACCCUAAUAUAAUUCAUGAAGGGACAUUUAUAGAGAAACGAAAAAUUUUGAAUAUGGAAAACUCUAGUAAGCUGCAAGCAAAAAGUAUAACAAUAGAAGACAGUAUAAUUCCGGUGGAAGGAAAAACUCUCUACAUAAUUGCCAAUCACGUCAAGCUUUAUAGAAACGCGUUUGUUGGAAACAACUACGCUAUACGCAUAAUUGCAGAGAAGAUAAAUUUAAUGUCUAACCUAUUUGUUGGCGACAGUUCAACCUAUGAAGCUCUCGGAGGUACUAUUUCUGUACACGAGAACUACUAUGUGGGUGAUAAUUUAAGUUACAAAGUGCUGGGAUCUUCCAUCAUAGAAGUAUUAAACAAGUUUACUGGAAAUGACCACCAUUAUAACUUGACAGCAGUCGAUAUACAGCAGAUUCGCAACGAAUAUUCUGAAGACCUACCAAUUUACAACCGCGUUGGAUUUGGGACCGGAAAUCCUAACAACGUUACUGAUAAAACUAGACAAUAUAUCUCGCGGGAAAGUUGCAUCUUUUGGGGAAAUCGUCAAAUUCACGAAGUUAACGGAUCUUUAUUAUGUGAUUAUGAUAACCAUUUUAGCGGUGAAAAUAUGGUUUUUAGGGAACAUGGAACGAGAUGCUAA